AUGCCGCACCCCGGGCCACCCCGGGUGUUUCCCCGGGGAGUCCCUCUCGAGCCGCCCACGAUCGGAACGCCGGCCGCCCAGAACCACACGUUUUUCUACGACCACGAACGACUCCCAGAUGAGAUCCACCAAGCAUCCCAGCUGUCCCAGCUCUCGACCGUCCCCGAGUACCAGUACUCGAGCCAGGCGAAACAGGUCCUCGGGACGAGCACCCGCGACAAGGCGCUCCACCCGCUGGACAUCAGACGGUGCUUCAACUGUGGAGAGCCCAGCCAUACCCUCCUCGGCUGUCCCGCCAAGCGCAACGAGCCGCUCAUCCGCCUCACCAAGCAGAUCUUCCAGGCCCACAACAGCCCGGCCGGCCAGGAAGACGCGAACCGCGACGAUGGCCAUGCUCAGCCCCUGGACAUCAAUCGCAGCUUGAAGGACAUCGGCUCACAGGAAUCCAUCCAGCAGGCACUCGACCGCCGCAGAGCCCUCGCCUCAACCCUCCGCCCCGGCAAGAUCUCGCCCCCCCUCAGAGAAGCCGUCUUCUGGGAACCCUUCCGCGGCCUGCCCGACGAGAACCAUUUGGACCCUUAUCGCCCGAUGCCAUGGUUUCAAGCCAUGGAAAAAUGGGGUUAUCCGCCGGGUUAUGCAAUCCCAUUAAACGCUCAACGUAAUCCAUUCAAAAUGGUCAUCGCACGUAUCGACGAAUCAAAUAAAGAUCACGCCUGGGAAUCCGCCGAAAUCCUCGAGAUGCAUCGGGGGCGCUCGCCCGGAGCAGAAGAGCGGAGCGAUGAUGACGAAGGAGACGAGGAAGAGGUCCUCAGACUACUGGUGCCCGGCUACGAGGCUCUCAGCAAACUGCCGGUCCCCCUGCCUCCACCAGCCCCUCCUAUCGACAACGCCGCCUUCGCCCACCCCGCCCUCCUGCCUCCUCUACCCAACAGUCCUCCGCCUCCAUCCCCACCACCCCCGCCGCCGGCCAACCUCCCCCUCAAACGGCUCGUCAAAUACAGGGGCGGCAACUUCUCGAGCGACCGGCUGCCGGUCUACAACGGCCAGAUGAUCUCUACCCAAUCCUAUCUCGACUAUCACGCCGGCCACUCUUUCUCCUUCAAAGACCCUUCAAGCCACCACAGCUCAUCAGUCCAGCGCAGUCUUUCAAAUUCAUCCGGCUCCCAGACCUCCUCGACAACCUCCUCACCCACCUCCAAGCUGCCCCACUCACCGAGCUCGACCAGCCAGGAUUUAUCAGCGAUCCCGAACGGCCAGAGGCGGGGCAAGGAGGGCGCCAGCAAGCCGACGAAGAACCCCAGCAAGAUCAUCAAGCAGAGGUGGAAGGACGCCGCGCUCACCUUCGCCGCCACCAAGGCCCACCCUAACCCCUCCCCCCUCGUCAUCCUCCCCCCCGAGACCCAUCUCCACCCCGCACCAAAACCCACCCUCGACCUGCUCCCGACCCCCUCCUCCCUCUCCGCUCCGAGGAAAGCGUCCCCCUCGAGAAAAGCCCCGCCCUCGAAAAUCAACCGCAAUGCCCAUCCUCGCCCCUCUGAAUCCUCCCUCGGCUCGCAUCAUGCCGCCGCCGGCCCUCACAUGCGCGGCAGGAAACGCAAACGCAAACUCUUCAAUGAGGGCUCCGGGCCUCCCAUCCGUCCAUCCGCCCUUCCCAACCCUAAUCACAUUCCCUGA